UUGCAGUGUGAGUACUUGGGUGUGGGGAAAGGACAGCAGCAAGGGAGUGAGUCCCUCAUGCGAAAGGUAAGAUGUGCAAGCAAUUCCUCUGGCUGAGGCUCCACAGUCUUGCCCUUGGAGGCCUGGACAGACCCCACUGGCUACUCUCCCUGGUGCUGGGCAGUGGACAAAGCCCAUGGGGCUACACCCAGUACCACCUGCUCUCGCAGGGCCCAAGGAAGACAAGGCUCUUCUACAGGCAUCUCAGGGAACACAGCAGCAGCUGCUGGGGCCUUGCAGGCUUUCACCAGAAAAUUGUGGGUGGAAACUUCCCGGGGUUUGCUCUGAGCCGGUUUGAGGCGUCUCAGCUUCAGACGCAAAGUGAGUGGGUGUCUCUUUGACAAGCAGAAAGACAGAAGGAAAGAGAGAACGAGAGAGGUGUUUCCCUUGCCUAUGGAAACUCUAUAAAGACAGAGCCGGCUUUUCUUCCCUGGAGCAUUCAGAAACAGCGGUCCUGGCCUUGACAUCUUCACUGGGGGCCAGCCCAAGGAACAGGCUGCCAUGCAGCAGCCCCUGAAUUACCCAUACCCCCAAAUCUACUGGGUGGACAGCAGGGCCAGCUCUCCCUGGGGCCCUCCUGGGUCGGUCCUCCCGUGUCCAUCCUCUGUGCCAGGAAGGCCUGGACAAAGGAGGCCGCCACCGCCACCACCACCAACACUACCACCACCGCCACCACCACCGCCACCACCGCUGCCCCCACUGCCAUUGCCACCUCUGAAGACGAGGAGGGACCACAACACAGGGCUGUGUCUUCUUGUGAUGUUUUUCAUGGUUCUGGUGGCCCUGGUUGGACUGGGGCUGGGGAUGUUUCAGCUCUUCCACCUCCAGAAGGAGCUGGCUGAACUCAGAGAGUCCACCAGCCAAAAGCACGUAGCAUCAUCUUUGGAGAAACAAAUAGGUCAACUCAAUCCACCCUCUGAAAAAAGGGAGCUGAGAAAAGUGGCCCAUUUAACAGGCAAGCCCAACUCAAGAUCCAUCCCUCUGGAAUGGGAAGACACAUAUGGAAUUGCCCUUGUCUCUGGGGUGAAGUAUAAGAAGGGUGGCCUUGUGAUCAAUGACACUGGGAUGUACUUUGUAUAUUCCAAAGUGAACUUCAGGGGUCAGUCCUGCAACAACCAACCCCUGAACCACAAGGUCUAUAUGAGGAACUCUAAGUAUCCCCAGGACCUGGUGCUGAUGGAAGGGAAGAUCAUGAACUACUGCACUACUGGCCAGAUGUGGGCCCGCAGCAGCUACCUGGGGGCAGUAUUCAAUCUCACCAGUGCUGACCAUUUAUAUGUCAAUGUAUCUGAAUUAUCUCUGGUUAGUUUUGAGGAAUCUAAGACAUUUUUUGGCUUAUAUAAGCUCUAAGAAAAGCACUUUGGGAUUCUCUCCAUAUGGUUCCUUGUUACAGGCACUGAGAAUAUGAUCUUGAAUGAGAGUCUUCUUAAGCCCACUUGAGGUCAAGUGAGAAGACAUGAGCCAAGUAGACCUUGAGACUACAGGGUCCAGCAGGUCUACAGUUCCUCAUCUCACUGUAGAUGUCCAUCUGUCUGGUCCAUGUGCCAGACAGGAGGGGGAAUAUGACUGAAGAACAUGAGACUCUCGCUGCCAUGUGAAGAUGCAGAGGCAGGGAGAAGCAGCUAUCAAGGUGUUCUACACUCAUCUUAAGUGGCCAAAAGCAUUUUGGCCCAUUGGAAAGGACAACUAACUCACCUCUUGGCGUGAGUUUACUGUCUACCUCAGGGGAGGCCGCCUUUCAGAUAUAUGGAUGUGACAUGAGUGUAUAAGGGAUGGAAAAAGAAGACUAGGCUUGCAUGAUAAGCUAAAGAGAUGAAAAGGCCAAUGUCCCAUUGGCAGCAUCUUUAUUUCUUUUUUUUUUUUUUCAAAUUUUUUGGUAACGUUUAUUUAUUUUUGAGACAGAGAGAGACAGAGCAUGAACGGGGGAGGGGCAGAGAGAGAGGGAGACACAGAAUCGAAAGCAGGCUCCAGGCCCUGAGCCAUCAGCCCAGAGCCCAACGCGGGGCUUGAACUCACGGACCGCGAGAUUGUGACCUGAGCUGAAGCCAGACGCUUAACCCACUGAGCCACCCAGGCACCCCGGCGGCAUCUUUAUUUCUAAAUGCAUAGCCUGAGCUACCAGGUGAUGCUAACAGAGUAGAAAGGGGGAUCUUUUGGGAAGCUGGUCCUUUCCCUACACAGCAUGUACAUUUUCAGUGCAAUUGUAGAGGUGUGUAUGUGUGCACACGUGUGUGCGUGCGUGUGUGCGUGCAUGCAUGUGCACAUGUUCACAUGCAUGUGACUAGAAGAGUUACCUAAGUAGGGACAAUGUGGAGAUUGGAAAGGAUAUGUUAGGAAAACAUGGGUCGCAUUCAGUGGUAGAUUUUGAGUACUUCUCGGCAACGAACUCAGCUGUCCUCAAAAUAGUCCUCAAGACUCUUUGAUUGUCAGCUGUUGAUGCUGUUUUCCUAUAAUAUAAUCAGUAUUUAUAUACAUUUUGUGUAUUUUAAUGAAAAGAAUACAUGUAAUAAAAAUUACAUUUUAGAAUACAGAUAAACAUUAUGAAUGUGCUUUUUGGAAAUCACUAAGAUUUGGAUUUUUUCCUUAUUAUUUCUCUCCUCCAUGGCUUCCUCACUUAUUUUGACUUAAGGCCAAGUUAAGAAGAACUCACUGGGGUGAGAAGAACUGUGGAGCAAAUCUGUCAUUGCCAGAUAUCCCUUUCCCUCAGCCUAUUUCCCAUUAUCCAAAGUUUUCAUUACCUAUGCUAUUGCCAGUGUUAAGCUCAUCCAACUUGCAAUAGAUUUGAUGACAAUUUCCCCCCACCCCCCAAGGGGCAGAGCCAUACCAGAGUGGAAGGGGCAAGACUUUGGACUGAAAAACCUGAACUUCAAUCUUUGUUCCUCUACUUACUAACUGUGUAAUCACUAGGCGAGUCACUUGACCUCUCUUGGACAAAAAUGGAUGAUAUGUACAUAAAGUAUUGAUACAUGGCAUCUGUCUAAACAAUGGCAUCUAUCUUUAUUAAUAAGCCACUCUGUGAGAGGCACUUCAUGCUCCAGAAGAAGCCAUUGACCUGAGGGAUCCAUCCAAACCCCUGGUCUCUUACACUGUUCUGUUCUUCACUCACAAUGACUUUUUCCUAUUUUUUUUUUCAACUAUUCACUACCAUGGCUUCUCCUUAGACUUUGUUGUUAAAAAUUAUGGUAUUUCUUGGAGUGCCUGGGUGGCUCAGUCAGUUAGGCGUGCGACUUUGGCUCAGGUCAUGAUCUUGUGGUCGCAAGUUCGAGCCCUGUGUCAGGCUCUGUGCUGACCGCUCAGACCCUGGAGCCUGUUUCAGAUUCUGUGUCUCCCUCUCUCUGACCCUCCCCCCAUUUGUGCUCUGUUUCUCUCUGUCUGAAAAAUAAAUAAACAUUAAAAAAAAACACUUUUAAAAAUAAAAAAAAAUUAUGGUUUUCCUUUACAAUUUGAUUUCUUAUUUUCACAAUAUCACCUCUUACUAUUACAGCUCAACUGCUUCAACGUUUUCUCUCCUAAAGUAUGUAUAUUUUUACCAUAUUGAGACCUCCAAUAAACUAUCAUUCCUUACAUAUCCAUCAGCUCCUUCUUUAUCUUUACUCCUCUCUCUGAUAAGCUUAGAUUCUACCUUUAUCAGGACAAUCAUUAUCUUGGAAAAAUUUUCAACUCCAGAAUAUUCUGCUUCCUUCACUGUAUUCUCCUUGCAAAAAUCCCAUUUUCUUUAAGCUGGCAUCCUAAAAGCUGAACAUUGCUGGAGAAAAAUUACCCAAACAGACAGAUUGGUUUAUUUUUUAUCUAUUGUCUACUUAAAUAGAUUACUCUUUAUCACUGAUUUAUUUCUAUCUUUUGAUUGAUUUGAAUAAGCAAUACACGGAUAUAAUACAAAUGUUAAAUAAAAGGCACACAAGGGUAUAAGAAUGGAAGUAAACCCUCUUUUCAUUGUGCCCCACGGUCCCAUUUCUGCCCACAGAGUGUAUCACUGUCUCCUUCUGUAGCUUUCUGGAGAUGGUCUAUAUGUAAGUAUGACAUCACUUUAUAUCUGGGUUUCCCAACCUUGGUUCUAUUGACAUUCUGAGCUGGAUAAUUCUUUGUUGUGGGGGUUUUCCUGUGCACUGUAGUAUGUUUAGCAGUAUCCAUGCCCUCUAUCCACUAGAUGCUAGUAGCAUUGCUCCCUCCUCCAUGUGUGAUAACAAGAAUAUGUCCAGACAAUGCCAAAUGUUCCCAAGCUGGGGGUGGGAAGACAUAAUCAGCUCUACUUGAUUGAGAACACUGCUUUGUAUUAGUGGUCACAUAUCAUUUAAUCCUACCUAGAACUUUUUCUUCUGUUCCCUGCCAAGCACAUUUUUCCACUGUUUGAAACAAUUAUGUCUUAUCUUUUCCUCUUGCAAACCUGCCAUAUCACCUUCUCCCACUAUGGAACCUCACUUAUACCACCAGAACACAAAUCACCCACAUCUGCAUGAUCUCUUUCUUUUAUCCUUAUAGUGGAGGAAGAGGGCCAUCUUUUCGUUUGUGCACUAGACCCUUUUCCUCUCCCCUACUUUGCCUCUUUAAAAUUGUUCUUUCUUCUGGAUUCUCAAACCAUCACUGUCUAUGAAAUGGUUUCCAUCAGCAUGUACAUAUGUUCAAGUAUCCUUUUUCAAUAAAAGACAGCCCAACCCAAACUAAAAAGAUCCCAAACCUUUCUUUACCUUUCCUCUUCUCCAGUGAUGGCUGCAUUUCUCAUUUUCCUGGUAGAGACAAACAUCUGAGAAGGUUGUCUCCACAUACACGGGCUCCAUUUCCUUAGCCAGGAAUGGCCUUCUUCAGGCUCUUCAUGUAACUGACUUCUUAUCGUUCAGGCCUUAGUUUAAAUGUCACCUCCUCAGACCAUUUCUAGAGCCUCCUCUUUUUCUCAUUAUUUUAUUGCUCUCUAGUUCCUUCUUAGUAACUAGCAUAACUUGUGGUUAUGUUCUUUAUUUGACAACUUUCAAAAUAUCUGUUUUUUCCAGUAGAAUAAAAGUUCCAAAAGCAAAACCUUUUCUGCUUUGUUUACCACUGUAACCUCAUCACCAAACCCAGUGCCUGGCAUAUAUUAAGAGCUCAAUAGAUAGCUGUUGACUCAAUAACCUUAAUUAUAAAGCAAAUAUUUCUCAGUUUGGGGCAUAUGUGUAUGUUUCUCAGCCUAAUGAAUAUAUUCACUACUAGUCAUAGUAUUGUUUCAUGAAUGUAUGUGAGUGUUUAUCCAGCUUUGAGUAGGUUAUCUAAUGGGAAUUUGAGGCUACAGAUGGAAGAAAUCGUGCAUCCUAAUUCUUAGCACUGGAAAAUGAGAAAAAUCUAUUUGGUGUGUGGCAUUACCAGGAGUUAUUCAGGAGACUGUUGAGGGAAAACUGCUGGGUAACUAGGCUGAACUUGUCCCUUAGAAGAUGUUCAAUAAAUAUUUGUUGAAUAAAUUAAUGAACAAAACCAAAGAUGCAUGCUGAAGUGUGUCACCUGCUCUCCUUAAAACUCUUCUGUUGAUUCAUCUGCUUCCUGACCAGUACGUCAUGGAGAAAGUCAGGGAGGUAUAUAUUCACCCUUCUUUUGGCUGCUUGUCUGUAUUCCUAGCCCUCAUGAUGAAACCCUCCUUAUCCCUUUUCUCCUCUUUUGGCUCCAAACA